ACUAAGGGAGGGGGAAGAAGAAAAGUAAGAAGGGGACAGAGGAGAAGCAAGCAUGCCAGCUCUAAAACAGACUUAUCAGCCACAAGUUAUUCCACGUCCUUAAUGCCUGCACAUCUGCUCAACGAUAGAAGCAAUCCCCAUGUCAAGUUUUCAGUGUGUCUAUUUCUGCAAUGACUUAUACCUCAGAUUUCGUCUGACAUUGCCACUGGGUUGAACUAGGAAUAAGGGACGAGGAGGCUGUGAAAGAGAGAACCCAUUUACACAUCAAUAAUUUCAGGAGCUAGCAAACAUGUCAAGAGAAAACAAAAAAGGGGCCGCCUGCUGCUGCUGACACCCGGGGGAGCGGCCAGCGAGCGGGCUCUCGGGGCGCAGGCGGGGCUUGCAGGUUGGGGAGCGCUCACACCGCCCUCCCGCGGCCACACGCACUGACGGGCGGAAGAUUGAGCAACGCGGAGGCACCGAGCCGCUGCUGCGCCACCGGGUUUCUGGUCGGUGCCAUCGGAGACAAGCCCCAGCCAUUGCCCCAGCAGGGCGCGGGAGCCGCCACCAUGCCCGCGCUGAAAGUCUGCAUCGUCGGCUCUGGAAACUGGGGGUCUGCUAUUGCAAAAAUUAUUGGCAAAAAUAUCCAGAAAUCCAACAGGUUUGAUCCUGUUGUGAAGAUGUGGGUGUUUGAAGAAAUCAUAAAUGGGAGGAAACUCACAGAGAUCAUAAACAAAGAGCAUGAAAAUGUGAAGUAUCUUCCAGGACAUACGUUACCUAAAAAUGUGGUGGCUGUAGCAGAUGUCGUUGAAGCAUCGGCUGGGGCAGAUGUUUUCAUCUUUGUUAUACCCCAUCAGUUCAUUACACGAAUUUGUGACCAGAUUGUUGGUCACAUAAAACCUGGAGCAUUCGGCAUUUCACUGAUCAAGGGGGUUGACGAGGGUGCCGAGGGCUUGAAGCUCAUCUCAGACAUCAUUCGAGAGAAACUGAAGAUAGAAGUCAGCGUGCUCAUGGGGGCCAAUAUAGCCAGUGAAGUGGCUGAUGAGAAGUUCUGUGAAACCACCAUUGGGUGCAAAAAUGAAAAGCAUGGGCAGAUCUUUAAAGAAUUAAUGCAGACCCCAAAUUUCAGGAUUACCGUGGUGGAUGACUGUGAUACAGUGGAGAUCUGCGGAGCCUUAAAAAACAUAGUAGCAGUCGGAGCUGGAUUCUGCGAUGGAUUGGACUUUGGCGACAAUACUAAAGCAGCAGUCAUUCGUUUGGGCCUCAUGGAAAUGGUAGCCUUUGCAAAGCUGUUCUGCAGGGGUUCAGUAUCGAUAGCUACUUUUCUGGAGAGCUGCGGUGUUGCUGAUCUAAUCACUACAUGCUACGGGGGGCGCAACAGGAAAGUAGCUGAAGCCUUUGUGCGGACAGGAAAAUCUAUUGAGGAACUGGAAAAAGAGAUGCUGAAUGGACAAAAGCUACAAGGUCCUCAGACUUCAGCUGAAGUCUAUAAGAUGCUGAAACAGAAAAACAUGAUUGAUAAGUUCCCAUUGUUCUCAACUGUCUACCAGAUCUGCUAUGAGGGUAGGUUGGUCCAAGAAUUCAUCUCUUGUCUACAGAAUCAUCCACAACACAUGUAAGACUUUCACGGGGCUCAUCCGGAUGUGCAUUCAUCUCUUCUGGGCUUCUCUCGACUUGGUAGUAAAUAAAAGCAGCCAAAUAAGUCAUGUGGCACAUAACUCUUCUUGUAAA